CUUACUACAUGUUUGAGGUGUGAAAUAAACCGCUUGAAAACAAAAUAUGGGUGUGUGUGGUUGGAGUUGGGUAGAGGCGCUACUCCUUCUUGUUGUGGUUCUUGCUGUUGAUUGGGGUGCCUUCUGAACUCUCUACAUGGAGUUUUUUCAGACACACCCAACUGGGAGGAGACCCGGGGGUAGAUCCAGAACUUGCUGGAGAGAUUAAAUGUCUUGUCUGGCCUGGGAGUGGCUUGGGAUCACCCUGGAAAAUCAUUGCUGGGAAAAAGGAUACUUGGAAUAUCUUGCUUGGCCUGCUGUCAGUGCAAAUGGAAUCCGGGCAAGUGGAAGAAAAUGAGCGAAGAAAUAUAUUCUUCUGUUAGUCCUGCAGAAAUGUCAUUGUGUCUCUUCCAAUUAUGGGUUCAAAUCUCUGGAAACACUAACAAAUAACAUUUUUGUUGUUGUUACAUAAAACUCCCGAAUUGACUUUCAAAAUGCGUAUGCGCCCAUCACAGGGAUGUUAUUACAGAAUAACAUUUUGUCAUCAGCAAAGAGGUGAAAUUUACAUCCUUUAAAGCUCAUCAGCGUCUUUUUUGUCAGUGUUCUCUGUGUCUCUCUGACACUUGAACUCAAAUAUUAGCAUGCCUGCUGGGCAAUACAGCCAGACCACGCUGUUUCUCAGAUCAAUGGGUUGUUGCGGGAGGGGUAGUGUAAAUCAUAACAGAGAAGCAUGGAAUGAAGAGAAUUUUUCAGAGAGACGGAGACAGGGGAGACCGAUCAAUAAGCCGAACUCUUCAGCAGAGGAACCUGCAAGCACACAGCCCACACCUUUCACACAACAUUAACUUCAGUGUGGAAUCACAGUGCAACAAACAUCAUGCACAUGCACACAUAUACACACACACAUGACUUCAGAGGGCAUUACACUGACUUUCAUUCAUUUCUUGGAGAUUUACUCCAGGACCCUUAGAUCCCCAUGACGUAAUAUGUACCAAAAACACAGACAUGCCUUUGAAGACAAAUUCUUUUACUUGGACUAAUACAAAAUCCUGUGGUGCAAUUAUUCCGAUUUUAUUAAUGCAACUUUGUGCAACGAUUAGACUCGUGGUUUUCUCUCAGCAGUUUUGUGGGCUAGUGCUUGCACUAGCUAACUAGAUUGUCUAGCAAGGUGCAUCAACAAUGCAAUACUAAAUAGGAUGCUAAUUCCAGUCAGGAAAAAACAACCAAUUGUAGUUGCUGAAGAAACUGAAAUAUGCCUCUAAUCAUGCAUAACAUUAAUAUUUACAGUGUUUCCGAUGUAAAAACUGUUUAGCUGUUCAGUUUAGCAAUGGACAAUCCCCUUACUUUAAGACCGCCUCUGGUACCAUUUUUCCGGAGAAGUUUUGUUUUAACUCUCUAAGAGGACAUAGGGGUGAAAGAUACCUCUGUUGGAACCUGUAGUAAAGGGUUCUUAAGAAAGGGGGAGAGUAGAACAGAAACUACCGUUACUAAUGACCUGGCGUCCAAACUGCAGGAUGAGAGGCUCAGUGGAGAAGCAGCUGAUUAUUGCAGUGUGGGUUAUUUGUGCCCAUGCCGUCCAUUACCUGUAAAUGUCAUGGGCAUACUUUAGAGCCCGCUGGAUCAGGAAAAGAUGCAAAUGAGCGAGUUUUAUGGUUGAGGUAGAAACAAUGAGGUCACAAUCACAUGUUUGGAGAUAAAAAUGAAAAAUGUAGUCAGGGUGAGACAGUGAAUAGACAGAGUAGGUAGCUGUCAGGAUGUGUGGGAGGGAGACACACAUAUAUACACAGUGAAUCACAAAAGGCACUUCACAAAUAGCCCUCACUCCAUACCUCUUUUUCAUCCAUCCUCAUAUUUUUUUUUCUUGCUGCACUUGCCUUGUUGUCCCUGUCAUCCUGCUAUUGUCUUUAAUUUUCUCAAUAUAUGUGUUCACCAGCUGGUGGUCCUAGCUAAAUCUGCUUCCAUUUCAUUACUGGUAAGAAAAAAAAAAUCAGGGUUGAAGACGCUCAGCUGCAAAUAAUUGAAAGACAAACAAUUGGAGAAAGUUAUCAUGGUGGAGCAGGUGCACUUUAGGUUGAAUCCGAGUGUGUGUGUGUGUGUGUGUGUGUGUGUCCGCGACAAAGGGAGAGAAACAGGGUUGGAAAAGAAGAGAGAGAUCGAAGCUGGAGACAGAGUGAUGAACCCAAAUGCUCAACCGCUGGCACCUGCUCACCAGCUUUGCUUGAACGCCGUGAUUCUGCUCACCGAGAGUCGAAAGGUUGUGUGUGAAAGAAUGCAUGCAUUACAGAGAGAGAGAGAGAGUGUGUGUGCGAGAGGGAGCGAGAGAGACACAGAGAGAGAGAGAGAGCGCACAAUUGGGCAUCACAGCCAAUAUGCACUAAAAAACAGAGAGACUUGGAGUGAGAAAGAGGGGGGUGGGCUUAGGUACAAGCAUCAUAGCAGCUCAUGUUCUCCCACCAGCCCUGCUUCCUUCAGCACACAAGAAGACAGACACUGAGGAACCCUCCCUUUCUCUGUCAUUUCUCUCUUCCUCUCUCUCUCUCUCCCACUCCUCCUUCUUGUCUGCUGUCCACUGGGGGAGACACUGCUCCUGCUGUGUCGAUUGGUAGGCAGUUACAAACGUUACUAUUUUAAGAGAAUCAGCGUACAAGCACCGUGUGCGGCAGCAGACGGAUCGAAAGGGGAGCGAGAGGCAGGGAAAGCCAGAGCCCUCGUUCUUCUGCACAAGUGUUCUGGCAAAAAGGGAUGAAGGAGCACGGGGGAAGUCGGACCUGCAGCUGAUGCCAAACUGCACAACUGAAUCCAGGUAGAAGUAGAGCAAGGCAGACUGUAAGUCAAGAGGUCGUGCACAGUGGAGCUUUGUAGAAGAGAAUCUUUCCUUAUUUUACGGAUCAACAUUAAAAAAAUAAGAGAAAAAAAAAAGGAGAGACGGGGAGGUGGAGUUGAGCGACAAGCGAAAAAGAUGGCGAGUUUUGGGAAACUCACAGACUACUUUAAUCGCCGUAAGUCUCGAGAGGAGCUGCGGGUGGGAAGAAGCUCGCGGCGCAGUGGCAGUUACUGCUGCACUGUGGCCGAGGCCAGGUCGCUGGAAAGGAAGCUACAGCGACCCAUACUGGCUAAGUCGCGUACCCUCCCCAGCAUCCCCCAGUCUCCAACGGUCUCCAGGGUCCACCACUCUGAUCUCAUUGGCGGGAGUCCUCCGCGCAUGAAGAAUCCUCCAGUUGCCACCAGCCACUCAAAGGCCUGCACUUUGCCACCUGCAGGGGAGCUUUGGCGUUUGGAGGAUGACAUAGAAGGUGACAAUGAGACUAGCGGCUGCACCGAGGCCCGUCCACGCUCCCAGUCGCCGUUCUCCCAUUUCCGGGCGCGGGCUGCUUACCUGCGCAAGAGCAUGUCAGCCGAUGAGCACCUAGACAUGGGCUCCGACUUCGGCGCAGUGACUGCGGUCGAGGGCAAACAGAACCGUGGGAAGGGAAAGCUAAAGAGGAAGUUUAGUCUGGGCUCAGCUGACCGAAAGGAGAAUCAGAAUAAGAAGUCAGAGUCGGGAAUCUCCAAAUUUACUCAUCGUCUAUCCCUCAAAGAGCGACCAGCGAAGGCAGAGAAGACUUCAUCAGAAAGGCCUCCAUCCUACAGGAGACGAUCUCUUAGUGUCGACUGGGCUGACUCGGCCAAAAUGACGCAGCCCAUGAGAGGGGACCAGGCCCACCAGCCAGUCUCGGCUCGCAAGUCUGCCAGCCUGUCCUCACCGAGCGCUGCUCGCCGCCUUUACCGCAAUUUGUCUGGAAAGUUCCGCGUGGGCACCAACCCCCCUGCUCUGGAGGACAGUGUGGUGUCAGGACGGGGAGGAGACAAGGAGAGGCUCCGCAAAACCACCAUAUUUCAGAGUAAUGAAGCUCUUUUUGAGGCAGUGGAACAUCAAGAGUUGGACCUGGUACAGCUCCUUCUCUCACAGUACAGUCUGGAGGAGCUGGAUCUCAACACUCCUAACAGCGAGGGGCUCCUGCCCCUUGAUAUCGCCAUCAUGACCAAUAAUGUGCCCAUGGCUAAGCUUCUGCUGCGAGCCGGUGCCAAGGAGAGCCCCCACUUUGUGAGUCUGGAGGGCCGAGCGGUUCAUUUGGCCACUCUGGUGCAGGAGGCCGAGCAGCGAGUGUUGGAGCUACAGCCCCAGGUGCGGAAUGAGGGUCCCGGUGAGCGGGAGGGAUCUGACCGUGAGCGCCAGCUAAAAGCUUGGGAGUGGAGGCUCCGGCUCUUCCGACGCAUGCAGACAGGCUUUGAGCAUGCCAGUCCUCCAGAUGCUCCCAGUGUAGUUUCCCUGUCUGUCAGCAGCAGCACCAGUCUAAAAGUUGACUUCCAGGAACCUCUUUGUGUCAACUCUGCUGUGGUUACCAAAUACAAAGUGAGCUGGAGCGGUAAUCCUUCGUUUAGUCCUCUGCUGGGUGAGAUGAUAGUGGAUGAUGCCACUCAACUCGAGUGCAACAUUACUGGACUAACAUCUGGGACCUAUUACUACGUGCAGGUGUCAGCGUACAACAUGAAGGGCUGGGGACCUUGGAAAAUUUCCACACCGGCCUGUGCUGCACCUUCCAGUUGGAGGGACAUUGAUGGCCGCGCUCCUCGUCAGAGAGGACAGAAGGAGUCACUGGACCAGCUACUUGGGCAGAUAAAAGAAGCUCACCGCCACUGUGUCUGCCAUGAGCAAUGCAAAGCUCCACCACAAAGCAGGAAGCACUCAGUGUCCAAGAGCCUGCGGCACCUUUUCCAGCCCACCAACAAAUUUGUCAAAAGCUUGAAAAGAGGUCUCUAUCUGGCGUCCAUAUUCUACAGAGAUGACAACGUGUUGGUGACUCCAGAGGAGCAGAUUCCUAUUGUGGAGAUUGAAGAUUCGUAUUCAAGCUCACUGAUGCAGGACUUUCUAUGGUUUACUAAGGUGUCCUAUCUAUGGGAGGAAAUUUCGUGGCUGCAGCAGUGCCUCGGUCCUUCCCAGACGUCGUGCUCAUGCACUCUGCAGACUCGCCUCAAGAUGCUGCAGGCCGUCUCCCAUCUACAGGGAGCACUGGGAACCCAGGAUCUUGGUCAGGUUUAUUUUGAGCCGAUCAAAGACAAGCAUGGUAACGCCCUGUUGGUGCUGCUGAAGGACAUGAAUGCGUCUCCCAACCUUGACGGGGUACGCUGGACGCAGCUUUGUAAACUGCAGCUCCAACGAAAAUCUAUAUCAUCCCCCGAAGAGCCCACUGCGCUGGACAUGCUCCUCAUCACACUUCAUGAGAAGCUGGCGUACCACAGGCGUAGCAGGAAGCUUUUGUCUCCAGGCUUAUAUCUGGGCUACCUGAAGUUGUGUACAUCGGUGGAGCAGAUAAGAGCACUGGUGCCCCAGAAACUCCCCAACGUGCUCUGUCAUACCAAAAUUCGAGACAACAGCAAUGUGUCCAGAGAGGAGUGGCAGUGGCUUCAGGCCCUCAGCUCUCUGGAGGAGUCACUGGAAAUGGACCAUGAUGUACAGAGUGCUCCCCAUCGCCUCCUACAGGACCUGCGUAAUGCCAUCAAGGACCUGAUAGCUCACAUCAACAUUCCUGGCAAUCAGGCACAGGACUUCCGUAUCUACAGCCAGGAAGUGUUGGAGUUUGGGGAGAAAGUGUGUUUCCUCCUCCUCCUGCCACCGUCAGAUGAAGUCUGCACGGCUCCCGGUCAGAAUAAUCCAUACUCCCCGCGCUCCGGCUUCCUCACACUGCCGCUGCAGAUCUUUGAAUUGGUGCACUUUAAUGCCUAUUGCCCCAGUUUCAUCGGCCAGUACUGCAGGGUGUCCGCCUUGCUGGAGCUGGAGUCCCUCAUGUCUCAGCAGGCACUACGGGAGGCCUUCUCUGAAGCUGAGCUCCUCGUUGCCAAGAAGAAACACCAACAAGUUCAGGAACACAUGCAGCAAAUGGAGGAGGUGUGGCGGGAUGUGAGAUGGAUUAUGGAUGCCUUGCAGUACGCCCGCUACAAGCAGCCGACAGGAGGCAUCUCUGUAAGCUGGAUAAUUGACUUCUCUAAAGAGGUGAUGCCUGACAAGCCUCCCUCUACCUCAUCUCAGCCAGACUUCAUGCCCUCUCCUAUGCCUUCACCCGAACGAUGCCGUAAGCACUCAGAUUUUGCUGGACUCUCAGAUGAGGAAGGCUCCUCUGAAGUUUUCCUCACUACCGACAGUGACUAUGACUCCAGUCGUGCCCAGAGCCCCCGAGAGCUGGACCUGUUGCCCCCUUCACCUCUCUCGUCCUCUGCGCCCCUGGAGCCCCGUGGUUUCCUGCGCAUCGACGGGGGCGGCUCAGGAGGAGGAAUGCAUCUCAGCGGGGGUGGACGUGGAGGGGGAGCUCUGCGGGAUUCCACACCAGACGUCCUCCAAGCAUCAGAGCCGCAGCACGGGAGGGAAGGAGAGAGGUGUGGAGGAGGUGGAGGCUUUCGAUGUGGAGGAGAAAGGCGAAGGGGGGCUCCGGAGCUGUUUGACAGUGACUUCAUCUUGCCCAGCAGGCAGAUUGAGCUUUUGCACAUCACAGAGAAGAGGCAGGCCUUCUGCGUGAGGACCAGCAGUCUGGAGUUCCCUUCCGCCCACCAGCAGCCUUACUCCUACCACACUACUUGCCCUUCACCUUCCACCUCACCGCAGCGAAGAUGGCACCGGCCCUCAUCAGUAGACCGCUGCUGUUCCGCUGAGCGCUGCCUGUCACGGCUUCCGCCGGCACGCACAUUAUCAGAAGACAGCGGCACUCAGAGACUCGCCUCACCAUCACCUGCUGCUCUCAGGAAAGGCUGUCAUGCCACACUCAGAGUCUACCCGCAGUACCGCACAGGUCUGCCAAAGGAGACCAGCGUCAAGCUUUGUGUAACUCCAGGCACAUCCGCACGGGAGAUGGUCCAGCUGGUGGUGCAGGAGAUGAACGUCGUGUCCCGGCGCAUGAUGGGAAGCAGUGAAAACGGUGACGAACAGGAGCAGUGUGUUUACUACAGUCCUGAACAGCUGAAGCACUUCGGCCUCGUGCUGGUUGUGGACGACAGAGAGAAGUGGUUACAGGACGACUUCUGUCCCCUGGAGCUUCAAAACCCCUGGCUGAGGGGCAAACUGUGUGUUCGUAUUAAGGAGUAUUCUCCACUAGCCCUCAAACACAGCCGGGCCACCACAGUGUGAUACUUCCCAGAAGUGAGAGGGGCAAAUCUUAAGAGUUCACCCCGUGCCGAGAUUCUGUUUUGAUAAACGUACUGAACUGUCACGCUGUCUGCAGGCUCCUAAACUCUACAAUUUUUUCCCUCUCACUGUGUUGAUAAUGUCUUCGGCUGCAGCUAUAUCAUGUUGUCAUAUUUUCUGCUGUGUUCUGGUUAUCUGAAAUGCUACUCCGAGAAUCUGUUUCCAUGAAAUCUGUUCUCCCAUACGUAGAACCUUUCUUUUUUUGUUGAUGAAAAUCAGAGACCCUCAUAUGGACACCAAAUGAACAAUAACAGUAGAACAAAGAGAAACCAGUUUUUUUUGUGCUGUCAGAAGUCAUUGGGUAAAAGAUUGUGAUGCUGAGCGAGAUUAAUGGAGCGUCUCUUUGACUUUUGGCGUGAUUGAGGCCAGCAGAUAGAGCCGUGCGAGCUGCCAAAAUGACAUGGGCAGCAUCAGCGCCUCCCAGCCACACGCGGACACGGCUUUUCCUAUGAACCCUCUUAUUGUGCUGUCGGCUCCAGCCGUCCGGCCCCAUGUUCCCAGGAUGUGGGCUCUGGACUUAGCCCAGGAGGCAGGAAGGAAGGGGAGAAGUACAGAGGUGGCUGGCGUCUCUGCUCGGGGAUGCAAUGGACCCGACGAUUUGGCCCGUCAACUUGUCACUCAACUGCUCUUGGCCACUGUACUGUCUAGCAGCAAGCAGCCAAGGAAUUGAGAGCAUGAUAGAGAGUGAGAGUGAGGGAAAAAAAAGAGUGAAUAGGAAGGAGGGUGGAGGUUACAUCACAUAAACCCCAGCACUAACUCUGGUGCUCCUUUUCUCCCUUUUGCAGCAACAAGUCUGCUGUGUAGUAGACUUAGUCACAGUGUAGCUAACCGAUAUGAUCAUCUUGUGGAGAAACACAAAAUAAAACCAGCUGAUUUGGGUUUUCAAAACAGAGAAAAAACAAGCAAUACUUUUUACUCUCUCCUUUUUUUUUGUUAUUCUAAUUGAUGGAGAAAAAAAAGCAUGCAAACCUUCCAGAUUUGUGCCGAGUACAUUUCAAGUACUGUAGUCAUGCUGUGCUCAGAGUUAACUAGUUCAGUGUUUUGUUGUGUUUGAUUCAGUGGUGUUCCCAGAUGCAACAGAAAACGGUGCACUUCAGUCUAGAACAAGUUAUCCCAAAGGGUUGUUAAGAGGCCCACCAUUUGUAAGAUGCACACUACACAGUAUAUCCCAAACCAUGUCUUACUCUGCUUUAAACUGUGUUACACAUGAAACGACUCCAGCAAAGGGACUCGUUUUUUGUUUUUUUUUACAUUUCUACAAAGCGAGACUCGUGGCCAACAGAUCGAGCCAUUCGUAUUUGUAUUAAUAGGAGGCUUUAAGGUUAUGUGUUGGUCCUACACACAGUUUAGCAGACCACCAUCUGCAUGUUGUUGCAGUUUCCUGUCACCAGGGGGCAGUGUCAAAAAUCUGUGGAACACCUGGUCCACGGACUACUCAUAGACAGUAUAAAAGAUGGAAACAGCUACCAUAACAUCACAUUUUAACCUCAAAGACCACUCUACUCAAAUUGAGCACUUUUUUACUUUACUUACUAUACUUUUUAUUAAAUCAUUCACCCAGUAACACACACAUUUAUACAGUACUAUUAUUCAGUGCCUAAGCACUAAAAUUCACAUGCACGCUCACACUCUGAUGUAUUAAUCGAGGGAAACUUGGAGUUCAGUAUUUUGCCCAAAAAUGCUUCUCCAUGCAGACUGCAGGAGCUGGAGAUCGCGUCACCGAUGUUCCGACGAGUUUUGUCUCCUGCCACCAUUGCCAUGGGUCUGCCACCAGGUGUGAUUGGUGACUGCUAAGCACUCGUCAAUAAAAAGUCCAUCGCCAAUAAACAUACCCUGGGUAUAUUCAUUUCUGAAACACCGUACCACCAAGAUUUACAAAAUGAACUCUAACCAAAAUCAGUGACUGAGACCAUAAAGUCAGCUGGAAAGUGUUUACAGAGGUCAAGUCAAGUCAGAGAGUUGUCCCAGACUCCUCUAUGGGACCAGAAGUCUUUUUGCAACCACAGGUAACACCCCCUGGUGGCAGUAAGAAAGAAUGCAGGUUUAAAGGACUUUAUCUUAGUUUUACUUAUUAAUACCGGAAACUACCUCCAUCUUUUAUGCUGUCUAUAAGACUACUCCAUCAGCUUGGUACACCAGCCAGUUUUGGGUAAGACUGACACUAUAACCUAUGAAGAGCUGAAAUGAAAUAGAGUGCCCACUUUUCAGCUGCUCAGUAUUCACUCUAUAUCCCCAUUGGGCUGUACACUGUUGGGUUUUAGAGGAUAGCACACUCUGGUGGACUGCAUAAGCUGCAUGCCCAAAAUUCUUCACUCUGCGUAGCCAAAUACCUACGCAAAUGGAUACAGACACGGGACCAUGAAUUCUGCAUUGAACAGCUGCUCUCAACUUAAUUCAAGCGUAUAGUGGUAUUCCCAUCUGUUCUUGCACUGUAAUUCUGGUUGAUCAGGUACAAUCUCCCACAAAAUUUGCGUAACACUUUGUGGGACUACAUCACGCAACACCAAUUGGGUCUUCAGCUAGCCAACACAAGGUAGCUUGGUAGUCACAUCAUGGAGUCAUAGACUAAUGCUACAAUAUUGAGAUCAGGCCCAGGUCUGCAACCACUUGGAGUCAGUCGCCAUCUUUGAUGAUGUCAAAGAUGUAAAAUUGCAAUAAGAUAAAGUCAUUAGGAAUCUAUACGGAAUCUAUUAGUAACAACACAGUGAUUUACUGUGAUAAAUUGACAAAAUUCACAUAUCUGUUACAUGUAGAUGCACAAAAAUUCUAAUUAAACAGAAAUUAACAUCAGCUACUUCCAUUCAGAGUUCAGCCAGAAUCUCAUAGACAAAAAGAAAAAAUCAGAUUCCUUCACAAACAAUAAUGUUGUUGAUGCUGGUUGGCAAUUCAACUACAAAAUGACACACGUGCUUGGUGACGCAUCACAGGCAAAUUGCACUCACUGACUGACUCGCAUUGAUGGUCUGUCUUUGUUUAUAAAUUACAUGCCAGUUAGUUGCAAACCUUUGACAAUCUGUAUGAGAGUGACUGCAGUGAGUCUGAGUCAGACACCAACUGUUUGGAGACAAGUUGCCUCCACCAGGUGACCAGGUGUGCAACCUAGCCUGCAAUCAAGCGUUGUCACUGCAAA